AUGGGCAACGUACCGAUAUUAUCAAUUUGCGAUUUAUCCCUGGUAAAACGCAUACUAAUCACCGAUUUCCACGUGUUUAACGAUCGAUCAAAACGAAUAGUAUCCAAUGGGGCGUUUGUUAUCCAGGCCAUAUGGGGCGAGGUUGACUUCGACGCAUCUAGGUCAAUAUUAAGCCCCGCACACACCGGGUCAAAGUUGCGUCAAAUAUACCCGACAGUCGACACCAGGCUCCAGGCGCUCGACACUCACUUGUCGGCGUUGAUGGGCACCGAUAGAGCGGUGGUCGACGUGGCCCGCCUAUGGCGAGCGUUCACGUGCGACGUCUACCCCGCGUGCGGCCUAUCGCUGGACACGCGACCGUACGACGCGCCCGAAAACACGUUGGCCGCACACGUGCGCCGAUUCGUGCAAAUCGAUAUCCGCAAGGAUUUGGUGUCCCUGGCGUUACCGCCGUUCGCCGCCAAGUGGCCCAAAAUAAGCGACUAUCGCGUAAUGGCCUAUCUUAUUGAAAUGUACCGUGAAUAUUUAAUUAAGCGGCGACGUGGUAAUAUGAGCAAAAGGAAAUAUUUGGAUUUUCUGGAGCUAACCACGGGCAAUAUGGGUGAACACGAUUUGGGAAAUUACGCUGAUAAAGUUUCUGACGGAGAUACCUCGAUGCCUGUCAACACAAAUAUGAUUGACCAUGUUGCGGCUAUAAGUAAACCGGUUUAUACGGACACCGAACUGUUAGCCUUGUCGUUUGCCUUUUCGACCGGUGGCAUCACAAGCACCGCAUGCGCCCUAACCGCCUGCGUCUACGAGUUGGCCCUAAACCCUGCGAUUCAGAGCCGCCUAUACCGCGAAAUAGUGGGUACCGAUAAUGACAUGUCGUACGAGGCGUGCGAGCGUUUGCCAUAUUUGGAUGCCGUUGUAUCGGAGACCCUGCGUUUACACACACCGAAUGUUCGUUUACUGCGAAUAGCCUCCGCUGAUUAUGACCUAGGCGACACUGGCAUUACCAUACCGGCCGGACAGCACAUUGAGAUCCCUUUGUACGCCAUACACCAUUCGGCGGAGUACUACAGCGAACCCUACACAUUUAACCCGGACAGAUUUAUGCCCGAAAAUGCCUCUACGUUAGUGCCGUACGCGUACCUACCGUUCGGUGCC